GGCCAAAACCCACGGCCUAUACUGAUAAUAUACCAGACUAAAAAACAUCAGCUUUAGCCACUCCAGUUCUCUCCGCUAACAUUUCUCUCCUUCACUUCCAAUGAUGGAAGCUCCAAUGGCUCCUUCCUCUUCUGUCCCAACACCGAAAUUCGAACCCAACAUAGAAGCCAUCAAACAGAGACUCUUAAAGAAAGGCGUGUAUCCAACUCCCAAAAUAAUUCGAGCUCUCCGCAAGAAACAAAUUCAAAAACACAAUCGCAAACUCAACAAAAUGGCACAAACGCAACAAGCUCCACUUCUCACUCCCUCCCAAAAGCAAGCCCUGGCCGAGGAAACGCAUUUUCAAAUCCUAAAACGUGAGUACAGAAAAUUCAACAAGGCAAUAAAAGCGGAGACAGGGUCUGGAAAUGGCGGUUUGUUGGUGGGAAAACCUUGGGAGAGAAUAGAGAGAGUGAGUUUGAGAGAGCUUGCAAGUGGAAGUAAAGAAUUUAAUGGAGACGCGUUAAAGAAGGAGAAUUUGAGAGAGUUGAAGGAAGUUUUUGAGGAAGGUUUGAAUUGGGUUUUGGAUAAUGAUAUUGAAGUGGAAAAUGAUGAUUGGUUGAGAAAGGAUAAUCAAUGGCAAUGGGAUCCGACCAAACGGAGACGCAGUGAUAAGGAGGCAAUUCGGUUUCUUGUUGAUAAAUUAAGUGAAAGAAAGGUUACUGUGAGAGAUUGGAAGUUAGCAAAGAUAAUGAAGCAGUCAGGGUUGUGGUUUCACGAAGGGCAGCUGCUGAAAAUUGUGGAAGGGCUUGGAGACAAAGGAAAGUGGGAACAAGCUAUGCAAGUUGUGGAAUGGGUAUAUAAUGAUAAGGAGCGUAGAGAUUGUAAAAGCAGGUUUGUUUACACAAAAUUGUUGUCAGUGCUCAGGAAAACAAAGAGGCCCCAGGAAGCUCUUCGCAUUUUUAAUUUGAUGCGUAAGGACCGCAAUAUGUAUCCUGAUAUGGCUGCAUAUCACAUCAUUUCUGUUACACUUGGACAAGCUGGUGAUUUGAAAGAGUUGCUUAAGAUUAUUGAAUCCAUGAGGCAGAAACCUUCUAAGGGACACAACAAGAACUGGCACCCUGUCCUUGAACCAGAUGUGGUUAUAUAUAAUGCUGUAUUAAAUGCCUGUGUUCCAUCCAAGCAGUGGAAAGGUGUGUCAUGGGUGUUUCAGCAGUUGAGAAAGAGUGGUCUUAAGCCCAAUGGUGCAACAUAUGGAUUAGCGAUGGAGGUAAUGUUGCAUUCUGGCAAGUAUGACCUUGUCCAUCUGUUAUUUAAGAAAAUGAACAAAAGUGGAGAAGCUCCAAAAGCGCUUACAUAUAAAGUUCUCGUAAAUGCUCUUUGGGAGGAAGGUAAAGUCAAUGAAGCUGUGGAAGCAGUGAGAGAUAUGGAACAAAGAGGAGUUGUUGGAACAGCUAGUGUAUAUUAUGAAUUAGCUUGCUGCCUUUGCAACAAUGGAAGGUGGCAAGAAGCUUUGCUAGAGGUUAAGAAGAUGAAAAAACUUCGUCAUAGUAAACCAUUGGAGGUUACUUUCACUGGCAUGAUAAUGUCUUCCUUGGAUGGUGGGUAUCUCAAUGAUUGCAUCUCUAUCUUUGAGUACAUGAAAGCCCAUUGCAUCCCCAACAUAGGGACCAUAAAUAUUAUGCUGAAAGUUUAUGGCCAGAAUGAUUUGUUCUCUGAAGCUAAGGAGUUAUUUGAGGAAAUGAAAGGAGCCAUUGGUGCUUUUACGUCUAUCGUUCCAGAUGAGUACACGUAUAGCUCAAUGCUCAAGGCAUCUGCUAGUGCACUUCAAUGGGAGUACUUUGAACUUGUGUACAAAGAGAUGGCUUUCUCUGGGUAUCAACUAGAUCAACGCAAGCAUGCAUCGCUACUUGUGGAAGCAUCCAGAGCUGGGAAGGGUCAUCUUCUGGAGCAUGCAUUUGAGUCAACUUUGGAAGCUGGAGAAAUUCCUCAUCCUUCAUUGUUCAUUGAAAUGAUAUUUCAAGCAACGGCUCAACAAAAUUAUGAAAGAGCUGUGAUCUUGGUCAACACCGUGGCUCAUGCCCCAUUUCGAAUCAGUGAAAGGCAGUGGCUAGAUCUUUUCAAGAAGAAUAGGGAUAAAAUUGCUGAGGGUAGUUUAGAAAAGCUGUUAGAUGCACUUGCUAAUUGCAAUGUUGUAGCAGAGCCAACGGUCAUAAACUUGUCAAGAUCACUGCAAGCUCUAUGUAGAUAUGGCACGUCAACUUACUUAUCAAGUUCAAUUGCUUCAGCCAUUGAAGACAUAGAUAGUUCCCAUUUGGAUCCUGACAGAGAGGAUACCAUCAGUAAUAAGACAAUGGAGAUGCCAGUUUCUUAUGCAAAUACAGUAAAUGGAAAUCUGGAGAUGCACGAUAAUGCUCUUGUUAAUGAAACUGAUGUCACAUAUAUCGAGUCCAGUGUUACAGAUGGUGAUGAUGAUAGUGAUACUGAUGAAGUCUCUAGCCUGCAAAACCAUAGUAGUGACCAAGAUGGAAUACACACUGAAAUGGAGGCUUCUAUUAAUGAUGUGACGUCUGGUAGGUUUAGUGGUUGUUUGGAUGGAACGUUGAAAGAUUUGAACGACGUGGAAUUUGAAAUACCCAUGAACCAGGUUGAUGAUUCUAAUGAAUCUAAAUUACCCUCAGCAGCUGAUAUACUGGAAGCCUGGAAGAAAAGCAGGAAACAAGGAAGGAUAUUCUCCCCCUUUGAAUUCGGGCAUAAGAACUAAGAAGCAGCUAUAAGCAGAUCAUAUAUGUAUAUAGAUUAAGCAGCUCCUUAGGACAUAUGGAGACACAUAGUGAUUAAUGGAUAUUUUUUUUCUUUUUAGCAGAAAUAAUCAGAUUUAUUAUAUUAUUUUA